GGUGCGAAAUUACUUGUUCGACCCGAUUCAUCAACAGUUCCUGACGAUACGAAAAUCAGUUUUUUUUGUCGUGCUGAUGGCAAUCCAAUACCUUCGGUGGUUUGGAAAAAGAAUGGCGAGAUUAUUACAGAUCCAAGAUUUAUAUCAAAAACUCUUGCGAAUGGCUUAAGUACACUUCGAAUUGAACCAGUAAAAAUGAUAGAUGCAAAUAGUACUAUCACAUGCAGCGCAGAUAAUGGAGUUGGGAAUCCAGUUGUUGCUGACGCUACUUUACGAGUUCUUUCACACAAUUCACUUCCAUUAGGUUUUCCUAUAAUAGAAACUCAUCCCGUUCUAAAGUCAGUAGAACAAGGAAGAACAGCUCACGUGUCUUGUCGAGUCAAAGGUGAUCCACGUCCGAAAGUUCUGUGGUUGCGCGAUUUGAUGCCAAUUGAUAUCAGAUCAAAUAACCGAUAUUCUGUGUCAACUUUGGGUAAUCCUGGUGCACUGAUGAUACAGCAGGCUCGAGAAGAAGACCAAGGUAGAUAUGAAUGUGUCGCAAGGAAUACGCUUGGCGUUAUUCAUUCUAAGGCUGCUCAUCUAUAUGUUAAAGGUCAAAUAAUGAAUAAUUUUCCACAUGCAUCAUAUCCCAUAUCUUUUGAUAAAUUUUUCCUUUUUUUCAACAUCUUCUAUAUCUUUUAUUAUCAUUUUACUAUCUAUGUCACAUUAUUUAUUCGACGUGUACCACCAUACUUCUCAUAUAAACUUGAACGGUUGUAUAAAGUUGCACCAGGCGGUUCGAUAAAUCUAACUUGUGUUGCUGUUGGUUAUCCAAUGCCCAGAGUAUUUUGGAAGAAAUCAGAUGAGACAUAUCUUAAUGACCCGCAAACUGCACCAAUAGGUUUUGAUUUUUUUUGA